AUGGAUAAGCUGCCGGUAGAGAUUCUAUCCAAAAUCAUCGACCUCCUCACCCCGCGAGAGAAGGUCCAGCUUCAAUGCAUCAAUAAGACUUUCUUUGACCUCGCCCGCGAUAAUAGUCAGUGGCGACUACACUGCUAUGACCAGUCUUUGGCUGCCCGCCAGGCUUUCCGCCCGGCCCGCGAGUCCGAAAGUUUGCUUUCCGAUGCGGCAUCGCUGACCAACUUGGGUCAGGACUCGCUGCGUGAUCUGAUUCAGCCUUCUGUGACCGCUUCAAAUGAUUUUGAGGAUCGCGGUGUGACUUGGGGGGAAAGGGCCCGCGCGGCCACUGAUUGGGAUUCUUCCGCCAGGGGGGAGCACGUUGAUUGGUAUUCCGAGUAUAUUGCUCGCCAGGGUCCUAUCUCGUUGACAUGGACUCAGCAGCCGCUGGUCCGUAAUGGCGAUGGGAAAAAUGGGCAGGCUUAUGAGGUUAAAGGCAUAGGUCUGCUUAAGGAUUGGAGUUCGGCGAGACAGAAUAAGAUCGUUGCUCCGCUUGACGAUGGCAGUGUGUGCAUAUGGGAUUUAAAUCAUUCGCAUUCUGCUGACUCGCAGGCAAGCAAGGGCAAGAUCUUGGGGAUUAGUGAGCCCGGGUUGCUUAUGAAGAAUCUGUCUGGGCGUCGUGAUCCUUCUUCGAAGUCUUCGUUGGACUUUAUCAACCUGGGUGAAGGCGUUAGUGUGGAUUCACUGCGGCAAAGAGCGUACCUUGCAAUUGGAAAUGUUCUCAAUGAAGUUGACCUGGAGACAAUGAAAGUAAUUUCGCAGCAACGCUAUCCGUGGUCCAUCUUUGCACUUUCACAGGAAACAGAUUACUCCGUGCCUUUGACACUAGCCACAACACUGAGCCUGCAAAUAUACGACGCUCGACUAUCUGCCGUUGAGGAAGAAGAGGCAAUCAGCUCACGAUGUGAAAAGGUUCUCGGUUCAAGUGACUUGGUUUCAGGCAUCUUUGCUCACUCCGAUUCGCCCUUACUCAAACUCCAACCAAAUGGACAACCACCCAGACGCAUUCGCAGUCCAGAACCAUCAGAACCGGGAGCCAACUAUGCUCCCCUCUUCCAACCAGGCCCUCUUUCCAUCCUGCACCCCCCAGCUCCUCAUGUAAAUACCAUUCUCCUCGCAGGUCGCUUCCCCAGCAUAUUAUGCUACGACCGCCGUUUCUUCCCGCGGCUACAGACCACAGUCCAUUCCGGAGGUCGAUUAUGCGGUCUUGCUUCUGUUCCAGCGCCUCGAUUCCCUGUCUUCUCAGAUGCCACUUACCCAGAAUCUCACGCCGUCGUGGCAUGCGGUGAAUACAAUGGCCGAGGCUCAUUAGAGUUAUACAGCCUGAAGUCAGAAUCAGAAAAGAGCUACAGUCCCUCGAACAUGACAUCUAAUCUCAACUCGGAAUAUAAAAACCGACAGAGCGCCGCCAGUUCCAAGUUGCUGUCUGUGGGUUCUCAUGGGAAUCGUAUCGUCUUCUCUGAUGCCGAGGGCAAUAUCAAAUGGACCGAAAGAGAUGGUCGUUCAGAGGUCCGUCGGUGGAAUAUCAAUACAUCCCAACCGCAGAUCCCAUUCGGUCGUCGCAGUGGACAGCCAACAUCUGGACAAAAUGAUCAAGACGAUGAACCCCGCGGUCUCUGGCCGGGUUCGAACUCUCCAAGUAACAAUGAGGUCGCCCGAAAAGUUCUACCAACGGGUGGUAAUCUCACUGGAGAUGAGCUGCUCGUAUGGACAGGCGAGCGUAUUGGCCGGCUCAAAUUCUCAACCCCGGAGGACUAUGAGACGGAACUUGAUGACGGCUAUCAGUCCGAAGACGAUGUAUUCAUGCAUGCCGAAGUCGACGAGGCUACUCGCGAGGCUAUGCGACAUAAGCGCCGUGAUGACUGGGAAAAAGAACAGAGGUACCAAGAUAGCAUGCGACGUGCGCUUGAGAGACAGGCGGAUGAGGUGCGCUGGAUGGGUACUCGGGGGUUGGGGCUUGGUUGA